AUGGCUCAGCAAAUGGCUUCAGUUCCUCUGAAUGAUGCAGCAGUUGUUGAUGCCAAGCCCUUGCGUACAUUGACUCCCAUGUUCCCUGCACCACUAGGGCUUCACACAUUCACUCCUCAAAACUCACCUUCAGUUGUUUGUGUGACCCCAUUUGGACCAUAUGCUGGAGGCACUGAAUUGGGGUCGCCUGCUGUUCCACCAAUGUUUGCAGCACCCACACCUGCUGCAGAAGCAGAGCCCAGCCAGAGACAGUUGCAUACAGCUAAUAUGAACGGAGCUUCUCAAGCUAAUGGUACUGCAGUCAACAGUUUGGUCACACCUUUGCAAACUCCUCCGUCAGCUGCCACACAGGAAUCUGGUAAGAGGAAGAGGGGCAGGCCAAAGCGUGUGCCUGAUACUGCUGUUGCUUCUGUUCCUUCAGCUCCUCUGGCUCCUACUAUUCCUCCAGUUCCUUCAGCUCCUCAGGAAGGUAACAUUAUUGUUUCCCUGACGCCUUCUUCAGACGCCCCACAAGAAUCUGGCAAGAGGAAGAGGGGACGGCCCAAACAUGUACAAGAUGUUCCUGUAAUGGCUCCUCCAACCUCCCAAGGAGAUAGCACGCCUGUUAUUCAGACACUUCCAGGGCCCAGUGUUCAUGAAUCUGGUACGAGGAAAAGGGGACGGCCCAAACGUUUGCAGGAUAGUUCAGAUGUUGCCACUCCAAUUCACUCAAAAGGUAGUGAGUCCUCUCCCCAGCCACUUUCUGCUGCCGCACCUGCCGAAAGUGGUAAGAGGAAGAGGGGACGUCCAAAGCGCGUGCUUGAUGGUUCAGCGACUCCAUCAAGUCAUUCAGGUUUUUCAAUAGAUGGUGAUGCUGUUGACACAGUGAAACGUGGACGACCUAGGAAAAUUGACACCAGUCUGCUACAGCUUCCAUCUUUAUCUUCAGAUGAUCCUAGGCAAACUGCAGAUAAUGUACUCAUGAUGUUUGACGCUCUGCGACGCAGACUUAUGCAGAUGGAUGACGUGAAACAAGUUGCAAAGCAGCAGCCUAACUUGAAGGCUGGGAGCAUCAUGAUCAAUGCUGAACUUCGUGUCAAUAAGAACAAGAGGAUAGGUGAGGUUCCAGGCGUUGAGGUUGGUGAUAUGUUCUACUUCAGAAUUGAGAUGUGCUUAGUGGGGCUGAAUAGUCAGAGCAUGGCAGGGAUAGAUUACAUGUCUGCUAAGUUUGGUAAUGAGGAGGACCCUGUAGCUAUUAGUGUUGUAUCAGCUGGUGUAUAUGAUAACACUGAAGAUGAUCCAGAUGUUCUAGUUUACACUGGACAGGGCAUGUCUGGUAAGGAUGACCAAAAACUUGAGAGGGGUAAUCUUGCACUGGAGAGGAGUUUGCAUAGAGGUAAUCCAAUCAGAGUCAUUCGUAGCGUAAAAGAUAUGACUUGUCCAACUGGCAAGAUUUACAUAUAUGAUGGCCUUUACAAGAUCAAAGAAGCCUGGGUAGAGAAAGGGAAAUCUGGUUUCAACGUGUUUAAACACAAGUUGCUUAGGGAACCUGGCCAACCUGAUGGCAUUGCAGUGUGGAAGAAGACUGAAAAAUGGAGGGAAAAUCCAUCAUCUAGAGACCAUGUUAUAUUGCUUGACAUAUCAUAUGGUGUGGAAAGUAACCCUGUCUGCCUUGUAAAUGAGGUUGACGAUGAGAAGGGCCCUAACCACUUCACCUAUACAACUAAAUUGACAUAUGGGAAUUCUCUGAGCUCGAUGAGAAAGAUGCAAGGUUGCAAAUGCAUAAGUGUGUGCCUCCCUGGUGAUAACAACUGCUCUUGUACGCAUCGAAAUGCUGGUGACCUUCCUUACAGUGCUUCAGGCAUACUUGUUAGCCGCAUGCCUGUUUUAUAUGAGUGUGGUGAUUCCUGUACAUGUUCACAAAAUUGCCGGAACCGAGUUGUACAGAAAGGUACGCAGAUCCGUUUUGAAGUUUUUAAGACAGGAGAACGUGGUUGGGGCCUCCGUAGUUGGGAUCCAAUUCGAGCUGGCACAUUUAUCUGUGAAUAUGCAGGUGAAAUCAUUGACAGAAAUAGCAUGAAUGGUGAAGAUGACUACAUAUUUGAGACUUCUCCUUCAGAGCAGAAUUUAAGAUGGAACUAUGCACCAGAGUUGCUGGGUGAACCUAGUCUUUCUGACUCAAAUGAGACACCUAAGCGACUGCCUAUAGUCAUCAGUGCAAAACGAACCGGCAACAUAGCUCGCUUUAUGAACCACAGCUGCUCACCUAAUGUGUUUUGGCAACCAGUUUUGUAUGAUCAUGGUGCUGAGGGAUAUCCACAUAUUGCAUUCUUUGCAAUUAAGCAUAUUCCUCCAAUGACAGAGCUUACCUAUGAUUAUGGUCAGAACCAUCCUAAUAUUCAAAUGGGAACCCAUUCUAGUUUUCGGAAGUCUAAAAGUUGCUUAUGUUGGUCCCCCAAGUGUAGAGGUUCCUUUGGCUAA